GAUCACCCUCAUUGAGGCUUAUGUGAGUGGUUACUACCUCCCUCUGCCGCAUCUUUUCCUCAGCAAAAAGAAAUAGAGUUCUUUGGGACUUGGAGAUGUGUAUGUUAGGGAGAGGCUACUAUACUAUCAAAAGGUGGCUAUCCUUAAGAGCUGAUGGCUAAGCCUCUACUUUCAUAGGUUGUAAAACGAGUAGGAUGAUAGGAGCUUUCAAGGGAAGUGAUACCCUUGUUAAUUCAAGAUGGUGUUUCUUGUAUAUAUCACAGCAAAUUCCAUUUGUCUUGCCUUCCUUUCCUUUUUCCUCAAAUAUCAAGAUCCUCUGUUACAAAUGUACUUUGUUUCCAACACAUACACAAACGCAUACAAGCAAAGUGCCGGCAAACAUGCAUGCCAUAGAAACGAGCAUGCAUCAUGACAAAAGGGGAUUUGUUCUAGGGAAGAAGAGUCUUGGCAAGAGAAAAGCCAAUGCUUCUGAAGGGAACUCAAACUGUUGGGAGAUGAAUGUGAAAUAUAAAAGCAUCACAUAUUGGAAUCAUGACAGCCUCCCUUCACAGGAUGAUGCUUUCUUACGUUGUUUUCACUGGCUUGCUGUAGCAAAAUCUAUGCACGAACCAGCAACAGCGGAAGAUUUGGUUUCUGCAUCCGCUGCUUUGGAAAAGAUGAAGUGAUUAAGAAAUGUAGGAAGCAUUGUAUCCCUUCCUCCACCUCUUCAUUGUGCUGGGUCGAAUCAGCAUUUCUGUAUUAUGAACUCUUGUAACAUUGAUAUUUGAUAUAUUGUAUUGGCAGUAGAAUUUAAUUUAACUUGUUUUUGAAAGUUUGAUGAA